AUGUCCUCCAAAGCCCAAGAAUCCAAAUUGUGCACUUCUUUGAUCCCCAAUGCCCCAACAUCUCAACAACCUGCAAACCAAACCAAAAAACCCUACAAAAUCACACACUUCUCUCUUGUCAUUCAAGAAGCCAAUUCCAUAGCCAAAAUAGCCCUCCCAAUGAUUAUCACCGGCCUUUUUCUUUACUCUCGUUCUAUGAUUUCCAUGCUAUUUUUAGGAAGACUAGGAGAUUUAGCGUUAGCCGGCGGGUCAUUAGCCGUCGGUUUUGCUAACAUCACAGGCUACUCGAUCCUCUCCGGCUUAGCCAUGGGAAUGGAACCCAUUUGUGGACAAGCUUUUGGUGCCAAAAGAUACCCGCUUCUUGGCCUUACCUUGCAAAAGACUGUGCUUUUGCUUAUUUUCACUUCAUUUCCUAUAUCCCUUUUGUGGCUCAACAUGAAAAAGAUUUUGCUUUUCUGUGGCCAAGAUGAAGCGAUUGCUACAUAUGCUCAAGCAUAUUUAUUCUAUUCACUUCCUGAUCUUUUCAUGCAGGCUUUAUUGCAUCCAUUGCGUAUUUACCUUCGAACACAGUCCAUAACUUUGCCUUUAACAAUCUGUGCUGCCCUAUCAAUUCUUCUGCACAUGCCAAUAAAUUAUCUCCUUGUGUCAUACCUUAAUUUAGGCAUCAAAGGUGUGGCACUAAGUAGUGUUUGGACAAACUUUAACCUCGUAACUUUAUUAAUAGUCUAUAUAGUGUGUUUUGGAGUAUAUAAAAAAACUUGGGGAGGCCUAUCCAUGGAGUGCUUUAAAGGGUGGAAAUCCCUGUUGAAUUUGGCCAUACCCAGCUGCAUUUCAGUGUGCCUCGAAUGGUGGUGGUAUGAAAUUAUGAUUUUGCUUUGUGGGUUAUUAGUAAACCCGAAGGCAACAGUUGCUUCAAUGGGUAUUCUAAUUCAAACUACUGCAUUGAUCUACAUAUUCCCAUCUUCUCUUAGCUUCAGUGUCUCCACCAGAGUGGGAAAUGAAUUGGGAGGCGGCCGGCCUGCAAAAGCGAAACUUGCAGCCAUUGUAGGCCUUUCUGGCAGCUUCAUACUGGGAUUUUCAGCACUGUUUUUUGCAGUAUCAGUACGAAACAUUUGGGCUACCAUGUUCACAAACGAUACAGAGAUUAUAGCAUAUACAUCACUCGUUCUGCCAAUAAUUGGUCUGUGUGAACUUGGAAACUGCCCACAAACCACUGGUUGUGGGGUGUUGAGGGGCACUGCAAGGCCAAAAGUCGGCGCAAAUAUUAACUUAGGAUGCUUUUACCUUGUCGGAAUGCCGGUGGCUGUAGGUUUAGCGUUCUUCUUUGGCUUCGAUUUUGAAGGGCUAUGGCUGGGGCUGCUUGCGGCAGAAGCCACCUGUAUGGCCGCCAUGAUGGUGGUUUUGCUUCUAACAGAUUGGGAAUUUGAAGCCCACAGAGCCAAAGAGCUGACGGCCGAUGCUGCAAUUGUUGAUGAAAGCGAGGGGUUUGUGGAAAAUACGCCCCUUAAAUUAGCAGAAAACAAGGAAGAUUGUUUAUGUUAA